AUGUCGGAGGCAGACGGGCCCACGAAAAAAAACCCAUACCUACAUCCCUUCACCAGACCCGAUGCGGAUGUUGUUCUGCGCUCAUCGGAUGGUGUCGACUUCCGCGUUCAUAAAAUGAUUCUUUCUGUUGCAUCGCCAGUAUUCGACAGCAUGUUCUCGCUUCCGCAGCCACCUGCGUCUGGUGGCGAUCACGACCUCCCUAUAGUCCCAGUCAGCGAGGAAAACAUCGUGCUCGACUUCUUGCUCCGUAUCUGCUACCCCAUGCCUAAUAUCUCCUUCGAGGAUGUCAAACACGCAAUAGCCGUCCUGGAAGCUGCUGUGAAGUAUAAAAUGGACGACAUCGUCAUCUUCCUGAGUAACACACUCAUCGAUGGUCCGUUCAUGAAUGAGCACGCGAUCACGAUAUACGGCGCUGCGCAUCGUCUGGACCUGGAAAGAGCGAAGAUUAUAGCUUCACGGAGCACACUGAAAAAAGAAUCCUCUUUCGAAACAACAAUCUCUUCCGAUGCACUUUACGAACUGAUGAAUUAUCGGUCCCGAUGCAUCGCCGCUGCGGUUGAGUUUGUCUGGCGUCCGGAUGACUGGGAAGUUCUCGCUGAAUCGGAAUGCAUCGCAAACAUCGAUGGCGAAUAUUGCAUCGAGUUCUCCUGCCGGUCUUGUGCGGCACAGAGCCGCGCAAAUUAUGAACUACCAAGAGAUUACGGCAAAUAUAUUACUAUCGUUUGCGAAAGCUUCCAAAAGGAAUUGGUGGGGCUGUUGGUCAUGCGUCCCUGCAGAGAGGCAGUCGAGAUGAGCACUUAUUUAACAAAGCACAUUCAGGACAAGAUGGUCGAUUACCGUCAGGAGAGCUGUGCACGCUGUCUCCUGAAUGGGCUGGAGUCAAUCAAGUACCUGCUUGAACGGCUCGGGCAUGAACUGGAAGGUGUCAUAGAAUCGGUCCCUUUCGUUCCCAGCAAGCCUGCCGGGUCAGAUGAUGGCUUAUCCGACGAUGAGUCCGAUAUGGAAUGA